AUGCUUCAGACAGACCGAGGACAUGGAUCUUCAAGGUUCUCCGGUACAAGGACUGCCAAGCCAUUCUACCAGGAGCCAGAGCAGCAGAGCUCAUUUGUCUAUCAAGCUACGCUCUGGGCCACACAGAGGGGAGAGCGCCUGUCAUUCACCACAGCAAAAGACGCCAAGGAGUUUGUGGCAUCACUGGGAGAGGACAACCAUGAGCACCACAGUGAACACCACACCGCCGGUCCUAUUAGGGGAGAGCGCCUGUCAUUCACCACAGCAAAAGACGCCAAGGAGUUUGUGGCAUCACUGGGAGAGGACAACCAUGAGCACCACAGUGAACACCACACCGCCGGUCCUAUUUGGGAUGCUAUAAAUGAGAUGGAUGAGUAUUUCAGUCCCAUCCACACGUACCAGGUGUGUAACGUGAUGAGUCCCAGUCAGAACAACUGGCUGAGGACAGGCUGGAUCCCUCGUGACGGAGCCAGGAGGAUCUACAUCGAGGUCAAGUUCACCCUCCGGGACUGUAACAGCAUGCCUGGAGUCCUGGGAACCUGCAAGGAGACAUUUAACUUGUACUACUAUGAGUCGGACCGAGCUGUAGGCACGGCCAUCAGAGAGACCCAGUUCACCAAGAUCGAUACCAUCGCUGCUGAUGAGAGCUUUACUGGAGUGGACCUGGGAGUCAGGAGACUCAAACUCAACACAGAGGUGCGAGGUGUGGGCCCCCUCACUAGACGAGGCUUCUACCUGGCCUUCCAGGACAUUGGGGCGUGCAUCGCCCUGACCUCAGUCAGGGUGUACUACAAGCGCUGCUCAGGCGUGGGCCGCAACCUGGCCGUGUUCACUGACGUGGUGACAGGCGCUGACUCCUCCUCCCUGGUGGAGGUCAGGGGUCAGUGUGUGGACCACGCCGAAGAGAGAGACACGCCCAAGAUGUACUGCAGCGCUGAGGGGGAGUGGCUGGUGCCCAUCGGGAGGUGUAUAUGCAGCGCGGGGUUCGAGGAGCACAGGGAGUCCUGCAUCGUAGAGGCAUCAUACAAGGUUCUGCAGACUGUUGACAUCUAG